AUGGCAACCUCUCAAAUGACUGCAUCAUUGAGGAAUUUGCCCGCAUUUGAAAGGUUUCAACCCUCAACGCUUCGAUUUCCUUCUCUUGGGCACGUGAGAAUUGGCACCCUCACACAAACCUCACCCUCUCUUGUAGUCAAAGCUGCGACUGUUGUCACCCCCAAGCACACCACUGUUAAGCCUCUGGGUGAGAGAGUACUGGUGAAAAUUAAGGAUGCUGAGGAGAAGACUGCAGGUGGGAUUUUACUGCCAACAACUGCUCAAAGCAAACCUCAAGGGGGUGAAGUGGUUGCUGUUGGAGAAGGGAAGUCGAUUGGGAAAAACAACGUGGAUAUUAGUGUGAAGACUGGUGCACAAGUUGUGUAUUCAAAGUAUGCAGGGACUGAGGUGGAGUUCAAUGGUUCAAAGCAUCUUAUACUGAGGGACGAUGACAUCAUUGGUAUCCUUGAAACCGAUGAGGUCAAGGAUCUUAAACCCUUGAACGAUAGAGUUUUGAUAAAGGUUGCAGAUGCUGAGGAAAAAACUGCUGGUGGUUUGUUGCUAACAGAGGCAACCAAGGAGAAACCAUCUAUUGGAACGGUGAUAGCAGUGGGGCCGGGGCCUCUGGAUGAGGAAGGUAACAGAAAACCAUUGUCCAUCACACCAGGGAAUACCGUUCUGUACUCCAAAUUUGCGGGGAAUGACUUCAAGGGCAAAGAUGAUUCUAACUACAUUGCCUUAAGAGCUUCGGAAAUCAUGGCUAUCCUGUCCUAG